UCCAAUGAUAAAAUAUGUAAAUAAAAUUGUUUUACCUGCGGUUUUUAAUACUUCUAUUUCUAUAGCUUAAUAUUUUAUUUAUUAUUUAAGUCAUUCUUUUUAUAUUAAUGGCAUUAAUUAUUCAGUUUUCAGUUAAAUUGAAACUGUUUGUAUCAUGACGUCUGUAAUUACUGUGUGACCAAUGUCGAAUUUUUACACUAUAUGGUUAUAGCUCAUUAUGAGUACAGACCAUAAUCAUAUAGCUCUCAAUUUAUAUAAUGUAAAAAAUUCAGAUCACAGCUCAAACAUGUUGAAAGAGCUUCGUCAAAGCUUAAGUUCUUCUCAAGCAUACCGCAUUUCGAAUUCUACUAUUCGUUUUCAAACACACUUUGUUAUUUUUGUCUCAUUAAUUGGUGUUUUGUUCUUAAUUGUAUUGUAUAAUAUUGCAUACACAGCUCCAAAACUUGUCAGUUAUGGUCUUAAUCAUCCACACGAUAAAUUUAUGUACAAAUUAAUUAAAUCAAAGUACCCAUUGACUGAUCCAGUUUCUAUUGACAAUGUGGGUAUAAAAUUCCGUAUUGCUAUUAUUAGUGAUUUAGACAAAGCAUCUAAAAGCCAGACUGAAAAAAAUAUGUGGUACAGCUAUUAUAAAAAAGGAUUCCUCAUUUUUUAUAAGAAUAAUAGCUCAAUAGAAAUUGUAUGGGACCUUGAAGAACCUAAAAUACUAAAAUCAUCUAUAUCCAUGGGAGGUCGUGGAAUGGAACUUUCAGAACUGGUUACGUUUAAUGGAAAAAUAUAUUCAUUUGAUGAUCGGACUGGAAUAGUUUAUAGUAUUAAUGAAGACGACACUGUUUUACCUUGGAUAAUACUCAUGGAUGGAAAUGGAACUGAUUUUAAAGGAUAUAAGAGUGAAUGGGCAACUAUACAUAAUUCAGAUUUAUAUGUUGGAAGUAUGGGUAAAGAAUGGACAUCAUCUUCGGGAAAAUUUCUUAAUAAUAAUCCCAUGUGGAUAAAAAUUAUUAAUAAAUCUGGCCAUGUAACUCAUGUCAACUGGACAGACAACUAUAUUAAGAUUCGAAAAGCAGUCAAUAUUAAUUUCCCUGGAUACAUGAUACAUGAAUCAUGUGCAUGGAGUGAAAUACAUAAACGAUGGUUCUUCUUACCACGAAGGAGUUCAUCAAAACAGUAUAAUGAUAAUGAAGAUGAGUACAUGGCUACAAAUAUGUUAAUAUCAGCAAAUAAUAAUUUUAAUGAUAUUAAGGUGGUACACAUAGGUAAAAUAGUACCUACUCAUGGAUAUUCUAGUUUUAAAUUUCUACCUGGUAUGAAUGAUAGAAUUAUUGUAGCACUUAAAUCUGAAGAAGUUGGUUCAAAAACUGCUAGUUAUAUUACAGCAUUUAAUAUUGAUGGAACAAUUAUACUGCCAGAAAUUAAAGUAGCUGAUCUUAAAUAUGAAGGAAUAGAAUUUAUAUGACUCAAAAUAUCAAAAUGUUGUGAUUUUAAUUAUAUAAACAAUGUAUUUAUUAUAUUAAAGUGUAUUAUACAAUGUUACCUAUAA